CGAGUCCUUCCACAUCCCACCAUGCCUCCACGAUUAAGCGUCGUCUCAUUUGCGAGAUCGCUUCCCUUGCGGCCCAGGGCGCAGUCGCAAUGGAUAGCGCAACCCUUCGUGCGCGCUGCGCCGACACCGAUCCGCCCAUUUUCCACCUCCAAAGAUUCGACGGACGCGCUGCCACACAUAAGUGAAGAGGCUGCGAGGACGGCGAAAAUCAAGGGAGAGCAGGAACCCGAUCUGGAACAGGGUACACCCGUGGAGGAGGUGGUCAAGCACGACAAGGCACUGCAGGACAAGCUCCCGAAAGUCAUGCAAGACGCGCUCAAGGCGAAGUCGUCGAAUUCGACGCCACCAGGGUCACGAUCCUACUCCACUACGACAGUGUCUAGGACGGGGGGCGACUUGGGCAUUGUGGAUUUCUCCCCGCCGCCCACGGCCACAGAUGUCCCCGGCACGAAGUUUGGGCUGCCGUCACUGCCACUUCCCCAAGGAUCGCACGUAAAGCAUCGCUAUGACCCUGUCGUGGACCAGGUGACGAACCUGCUCAUGCGACAUGGCGAAAAGAGCGUUGCUCAGCGGAACAUGGCUCUGAUCCUCCAACACCUCCGAACCUCUCCCAUACCAACCAUCAAUCCCAGCCGUCCCCUUCUCCCCGGAGCUCCUCCGCCAUCCCACCUGCCUCUCAAUCCCGUCCUCUACCUCACUCUGGCGAUUGACUCGGUCGCGCCCCUCCUCCGGAUCCGAAACAUGAAGGGAGCAGCGGGUGGUGGCAUGGCGUUGCCGAUUCCAGUUCCGCUUGGGAAGAGGCAGCGGCGGCGUACAGCAGUGCAAUGGAUCCUCACGGCGGCGUCGAGGAGAAGGAACAAGGGAAGCGGAAAGGGGCUCUUCGCGCACAAGGUUGCCGAGGAGCUGAUCAGCGUGGUCGAGGGCAGGAGCGCAGUGUGGGAGAGGAGGAACGCAAUUCACAAGCAGGCCGUGGCUGCUCGAGCCAACGUCGUCAUACCCAGGAAGCGGUAGAGAGGAGCAUAUUUGGUGGGAAAAGGAAUGGCACUUGUACAUUACUGUGUAUAUGGCAUUUUGGACAUGAGAUUUGGCAUACUUCGUGUUUUGGGCACCAGUAUGCGAAUCGACUAUUGGCGGUGCUGGAGCAGUGGUUUAUUUAGACAGUGCGGCUCUACUAUCCAAGUAGACUGUCAUGUGACAGGGGCAAGCGCUCCAGCUUGUGGUCCCUGAGGCUGAACAUUGAAGAUCACAUCACGUC